CCAAGCUUAAGCUAUCUGUCCAUAUCAAGCUGGUUGGAAAUCGGAUUUCUCUUCGUCAUAAUUCAACAUAAAAACGUCUGGAUCUCAACCUCAAAACUUACGCAUAUACAUACUCCAAAUUCUUCAAAUAACAAAAUCACAAACAACAUGGUUCAACUACUACAGAGCUUUGCGCUCGCAGUAACUGCUUUUGCCAGUGUUUCUUUUGCAGCUGGACCUGGGGGACCACCACCAACAUAUGAUGGCUCAGCUGUCAUCGAUCUCAUUCCAGACAACUUCGACAAGCUCGUCUUCGCAGGAAAGCCAGCGCUCGUCGAAUUCUUCGCACCAUGGUGUGGUCAUUGCAAGAGUCUCGCCCCAGUAUACGAAGAGCUCGCACAAAAUUUCGCCUCUUCCAAAGACAAGGUCCUGAUUGCCAAAGUUGACGCAGAUGCCGAGAAGUCGUUAGGCAAGAGAUUUGGUAUUCAAGGAUUCCCUACGAUCAAGUUCUUUGACGGAAAAAGUGAGAAGCCCGAAGAUUACAAUGGAGGAAGAGAUUUGGAGAGUUUGACGGAGUUUAUUGCAAAGAAGACUGGUGUUAAGGUCAAGAAGUCCAGAAUGGCUCCAAGCGAGGUUGAGAUGCUGAAUGAUCAGACCUUUGCGAGCACAAUUGGUGGGGAUAAGGAUGUAUUGGUUGCUUUCACCGCUCCUUGGUGUGGACGUAAGUUUUAUUAUAUGUGUAUUUUUGGAAGCACAUGCUAACUUCUGUACAGACUGCAAAACUCUUGCACCAGUCUGGGAAAAGGUUGCUCAAGAUUUCGCCAGUGAGCCAAAUGUGGUUGUUGCCAAGGUUGACGCUGAAGCCGAUAACUCCAAGGCUACUGCUAAAGACCAAGGAGUCGCCUCAUAUCCUACCAUCAAGUUCUUCCCCAAGGGCAGCAAAGAGCCAGAGAUGUACGACAGCGGACGAACACAACCAGAUAUCAUCAAGUUUUUGAACCAGAAAGCUGGUACCCACCGUACACCAGGAGGAGGACUCGAUGCUACCGCAGGAACAAUUGAAGCUUUGGACACCAUUGUUGCUAAGUUCACCGGAGGCUCAAGCAUUGCCGACGUUGCUGCUGAAGCUACCAAGGCUGCCAAAGAAAUGAAGGAGGGUGCUCAGUACAAAUAUGCCGAGUACUACGUCCGUGUCUUUGACAAGUUGUCCAAGAGCGAGGGUUAUGCCGCAAAGGAGUUGUCUCGUUUGGACGGCAUUAUCAAGAAGGGUGGUCUGGCACCAGCCAAGCUCGAUGAAUUUACCAGCAAGACCAACAUUCUCAGAAGAUUUAUUGCUGAUGUUACUGGCAAGACUGAAUUGUAAAGUAGUUAAAAGUGGUUUUAUUAGCAUUAGUUUGGUAGGCUGUUUUGACAUGGGCUCAGCCAGGUUGGGAAAAUAAAAUCUUUUUACUUGGAA